UCGUCUCGUCGUGUACGGGUUGUGUGUGCUCUCACCAGUGGGUGACAUGCCUCAUCACGCAGCAUCCCGGAUGCAACCUGGCCUGAGUGAGAUGGCAUGACCAACAUCUCAGGCGUGUACAGACACUUAUCCACGCUCAUCCUAAACCACACGACGAGCAUAUGCAACCAUUGUAAAAGCUUACCUACUCUGCGUGUCAAUCCCGUGCGGGUCGUAAAAGCGGGCACCGCGUGCCAGCGCCAAAACCGACCGGGGAAACGACGCGUUUGACGGUUGCCUACACCAGCUCACGAUGCGCCAGCCGGUGAAGUCGCUACUGCGAAGCCUGGCUCGCACCAAGACUCUAGACCACGAGAGCCUGGUGACCACGGAGCUGUCGAGAUGUUUGGGCGUGGCCGACCUGACUGCCAUCGGUGUAGGCGGUACCUUGGGGGCGGGUAUCUACGUGUUAGCUGGGGAGGUGGCGAGGGAAGAGGCGGGGCCUGCUAUCGUGCUGUCGUUCCUCAUAGCCGCUGUGGUUUCCAUGUUGUCAGGUCUUUGCUAUGCUGAGUUUGGGGCCCGCGUCCCAAAGGCUGGCUCCGCCUACAUCUACUCCUACGUCACGGUGGGGGAGUUCCUGGCCUUCGUGAUUGGCUGGAGCAUGAUCAUGGACAACAUCAUCGCUGCGGCGACCGUCGGCAAGGCGUGGUCUCAGUACCUAGACUCCAUAGUCAACGGGACCAUCAGCACUUCUAUCAAGGCGAACGUGGGUAGCUUCGACUCGCCCUGGUUCGGGGAUUACCCGGACAUUUUGGCCUUCGCCCUGCUGAUCGUGCUGACCUUUAUCGUGGCGGUGGGGGCCAAGAUGUCCACGGUGGUCAUGAUGGGCCUGACUGGGGUCAAUCUCUUGGUCAUCGUGUUUGUCAUCGUGGCGGGUGCUUUCUACGUAGAGGGAGAGAACUGGACCAGCAACAAAGGAUUCUUCCCGUAUGGUGCUUCUGGGGUAUUUGCCGGAGCUGCCACCUGCUUUUACGCUUACGUUGGGUUUGAUGCCAUCGCGACGUCUGGAGAGGAGGCUAAGAACCCCAGUCGUGCCAUUCCGAUAGCGAUCACCCUCACCCUCCUCAUCUGUAUGGUGUGCUAUAUCAGUGUGUCUGCCAUCUUGACCCUGAUGGUGCCCUAUGAUCUAUUGUCCCCCUUUGCCCCGUUGGCCGAGGUGUUCCAGCAGCGUGGCAUGCCGGCCGGUCGGUACAUCGUGGCGAUCGGUUCAUUGCUGGGUCUCUCCUCCGCCAUGUUGGGGUCCAUCUUUCCGCUGCCCAGGAUCAUCUACGCCAUGGCUAAGGACGGCCUGCUCUUCAGGUUUCUGUCUCGCGUCAACGCCAGGACGGAUGUUCCAGUCAUCGCCGCGGUCGUGUCUGGUAUCGUGACUGCUAUCAUGGCUCUGAUAUUCAACUUGGAGCAACUGGUGGAGAUGAUGUCGAUAGGCACCCUGCUAUCCUACAGUCUGGUGGCCGCCAGCGUGCUGCUGCUCCGGUACCAUCCAAAGACCGUGGGACUGAGCAAAGACGAGGUCAAGGAGAUUGCUAAGCUGUCGAAAGAGGGCGCCCCCGAGGAGUCCAUAUCCCUAGUGGAGAAAUCGGCGGGGAAGUACAUCAAGUACACGGAUGCUGCUGCACCUGAUGAAGCCACCGACACACCAGAUGAUCCAGCAUCCAGUAAGCCAGAAGAACCCUCAUCCAGAGGGGGCUACGGCGUGCUCCAAAACGAGACAACGGAUCCAACCGAGGGCGAGAAGAAAAAGGCCAGGGCGCCCCCAACGGCCAAGACUUAUAUGAUCGUGGUCAUAGCCUUCACCAUCUUAGUGGUCAUCUUCUGCAGUCUUAGCGCCCUCUUGGCCUUCGGCAUGGACAGUAUAUCCCGCAUCGAGUGGUGGUCCAUCACCCUACUCUGCCUGUUCCUUGCCGCUAUUGUGUGCCUGACCGUUGUCAUAGAAACCCAGCCUCAGAAUCGUAUGGAGCUCUACUUCAAGACGCCCUUUGUGCCCUUCUUACCGUUGGUGGCGCUUUUGUGUAACACCUACCUGAUGUUAAAGCUAUCGGGUGCCACGUGGGCUCGUCUUAUCAUCUGGCUUGUAGUUGGGCUGAGUAUCUACUUCGCCUACGGCAUUCGCCACAGCGUCGAGAAUCAGAAGAGGAAGGAAGAUGCGCCCUCUACGACAAUGUCGGAAGAUCCACACACCGAGGGCGCUGUUGACGAGAGCAAGGAGGAUGAACCAACCAAAGAACAGUAGCGUAGUGUAAUCUAGAAAUCAUAGAUUUGUGAAAAUGUCCAAAAAGUAGUCAGUUGUUGUGAAAUCAUGUUUCAAGUGUAUAUUACAGUCAUGACAAUUCAGAAAAUAGUAAUCGAAUUUGAAUAGUAGUACUUGGAACCACUAAACAGGGGUGAACAAAGAUUUAACGAGAACAAGAAAUGAAACAAUCGCUCUCAGUCCGUCACCGUUUUCACAAAGAGCCACACAUGUAGAGUUUGAAAAAAAAACCUGUUCGAGAUAAUCGCAAGAAAAGUUCCUCCUAUUUUUAAACUGCAAAAACUGCUACUUUUGAACACCUUUAUGCAGUAAGAAAACAUUCACAUGAUUCUUUGAAAGGUAAAGUUUUAUGUAAACCCAGAAAUAAGAAUCAGCACAAUGGUUAAUUAUCCAUAAUUAAUUAAGUGAAGAUGUGUGUCCCUCGCGAAAACGAAAAUCCACAUUUCCUACAUUUAGGCCCUUUCUGUUUAACGUGUUUUCCAUCCGGUUCGUUAGUGUGACGUCAGUUCGGUUUUAACCACGCCCACUUGCCAUUAAGUAGCAUUGUAACCAUUAUCUCUUAUCUCUCUCAACACACUCGAGUCCGACUCGAGUCACGUCUACACAAUACAGACGACUUGUGUCGUGUGUAUUUCCCGAUGUAUACUUAACUCUAAUGGUUCAAAUCAUGAACAGAUUCGUUGAGACAUUGUCUGUCGUAGGAAUAAAAUUUACAUAAUUACAGAAAAUCUGUUCCUUAGUAGGACUCACAGACGUUUAUGUAAUAAAAAAAUCUAACAAAAAUAGAGAAUCUCCGAAUGAAAAAAUAAUCUAGACGUAUAUGAUAUGUACAUUAGUGAAUAGGUUUUUAAAAAGAAAACAAUGUGUACUUAAUGUUCUAGCGAUAGUCGUUGCAAGUCUAGGUUAGAUAUACUGUACAUAAUGUUAGCUGUACAUAAGGACGUAUUAUGUUAAGGGUUAUUAAAUGUGCAAAUAUUUAUGUAAGUACAACCGUAAUACAUUAAGAAAUUAAUAUAUUUUUAUUGUUAAAGUUCCGGUUUAUGUUUUACUAGUUCAACGCUGUUGUGUCAAAUGUUUGUGUUUUAAUCUAGGCAGGAAGAUGUCAGUAGAUUUUCGCUUGAAUGAGAAAAGUAAA